AUGAUAUUUUUCGGUCUGUAUUACAUCGUGAAAAGAGCAAUUUACUUGUCGUCGAAGAAAAUAUUCAACGGCGAUCACAAGCGUAAAAAGACAAAGCGUAAAAACAAACGCAACAUGAAAGAUUCUAUAUUAGGUUUAUCUUCUACCACAUAUUGCAGUGCUCUUCAAAAAUCAGCAAUGGUUGAGGUGUUUGCUGCCAAUCAAGGCGACUGCAAUUCCAAUAAUUUGGAAGUGCUGGAUGCUACCUUAAGCUCAUGUAGGAGCAAUGCAUCAUCUCAAGAUAAUGCGGAUUUCUUCCAAGAUUAUUCAGAUUACCAAUGGUUUGCGGACUAUAGGUACCGUGAUUCGGACAAUUUUAACCAUCACACAAGUAUUCUAUCAUCUAUAUCAGAAAAUUAUAAUAUUCCAUGUUAUGAAGAAGUUUCCAGAGAUUUGGAUGUUAACUUGGCCCAAGUAGAUAUGGAACAUCUUAAAACAGAAGACAUACAUAAUAUACUGAGCACAUUGCCAUCUAUGUGUGGUCAAGAUUUACAAAAUGUAUCAACUGAAUCAUUUUGUAAAAAUAAACAGCUAUUCUCUCCUGUAAAAGAACAAUCGCCAAAUCCAUUCAUAACAUUUAGCACGGAUUCAUUAGACUGUAGUGAUGAUAUGUUAAUCACCUGUAAAGCCAAUAACAAACAUAACUAUACAAUUGCUUUCGAAGAACCAACUAUGGGUGUUUCGGAAGAAUUUCAAAAUAGUGAAGCUAUGAGUACAGGAGAGAGUCGAAAUACUGGUUCAGGUGAAGCAUGGUCAAGUGAUGGAAGUGUUCCAGUCAGUGUUCCAAUGAUAUCUUCAGAUACUACUUUUACCACAUGGAAUAAGUUAAAAAAAUGUACCACUUCUGCAACCACUAAUUGCACUCAACAACUUAAAGAGCAUACAAGUUUAUCAUCAAGUGUAAAUGAAAAGACCCAAAGUUUACCUGAUCUAAUGCCAUUAAGGCUGUUAUGGUUAAAGCAGAAGAAAAGUCAUUAUGACUAUCUAGUCAAAUCUACACAGUCUGAAGGCGGAAAUGAAGGUAGAGCUAAGCUGUAUGAUGUAUCUGGUAUUAAAGAUCAAACAGAUAGUGCUAAAUUCAGCCUUGUAAAAAUGUUUAUUAGUCAAAAGAAAAACCGUCAGUCGGACGGCAGCUUAGUAAUUAGCGAUAAUGAAGCUACUGCUGAGGUAACUGAACCCAGUAAAAAUAAUUUGGAAGAUAGUCUAAUGUGUGAGAAUGAAAAAACUGAUAACAUUAAACGUGUCAGUAAUAAUAAUGGGUCCAACAAUUCAUCUAUUAUACCUAGCAAGCAUUUGUGGAAGGGUUCUAGCUUAAAUAAGAGUAUGCAAACUUCAUCAUUAGAUGGAAUAAGCAGUCAAAAACCAGAUUCCAAGUGUAAGAACAGCCCUGUUUAUGUGAUGUUUCCAAGUUAUACAUUACCAGAUCUCUCAUUCCUGCAGAAUCCUAAAGCUGCUUUGGAUAUUAACAACGUAUUUCUUGUACCUCAAAAAUUUUCACCCAUGCCAUCUCCUGAAGUUGAAUGUAAAAAACUUAACACUACGCCUGUACAUGAACCAUCACCAGCAGAAAAUUCAUUUGAUUUAAAAUCAAUUUGUGCCAAGGGAUUUGAUCAUGUUAGUGAUUGGGAUUCACUUGCUCUGCUGUUACCUCGGAAUGUGUCUAUAGCUUUAUCUAAAACUCCUGAACUUAAAGACCGUUUUAAACACAUUAAUUUUGAUAUUAAAGAACCAUCAUUUUGUCAAAUUGCAUUUAAACCCUUGGAUAAAAAAGAUGAUAUGUUUGUUUAUCAAUAUGAUGAUUUGAGUCAACAUCAAAAACCACCAGUAGGUCGAGUUAAUUCAAAGAUUCCUAUUAAAAAUGAACCGAAAAGACCUAUAAAUGAAGUACCAAAAAGAUUUAGUAUGUAUGAUAUGAAGUCAGAAACAUUUCAAGAACAACAAAACAAGAGGCGUUCUCUUCCAUCACAGCUUACAAUAAUUUCUAAUGUCACUCCUAUUGCUGGUUCUGAUGUUGGCACUUCUGAAGAUGAAGGAGUUGAAUGUUCAGGAAGUAACUGUGACAGUCCUAAUCCUUGUGUUGAUGAAGCUAAACGAUUAGAUUCAUUGUUACGACAAAAUAAACAAACUCGUGUUAAUUUAAAAGCACAAGUCAAUAAAUAUUUAAACCGUGCCAGUGGUCAUCACACCCCUCCAAAUUCACCAAAUACAAUAACUAAUCAGGCAAAGAAAGGAGGUGAUAACAUAGACCGAUUUGAAGGAUGUGAAAUAAAUAAAUUGACAGAUUCUAUAACACACAAGAAAGACCUGGUGAGGAAUUGUUGUUUUGGUGCUGAGAAAAUUACAUUUUGUCUCGACAAUGACUAUACAGAAGAUUUGCAUACAAUCGUCCUGGAUGUUCUUUGUCCAGCUCUAUAUGCGUUGUUCAGUGAAAACCUUAAAUCUGUUUUAGAAACAUCUUUUGGUUCUGUCAAUAACUCUGUAUGGCAAGUGAUAGAAGCUUCUUCUCAACAAGGUGUUCUCUCUUCAGCGCUCAACGAACUGACUGCAAACGUUAACAACGAACUGGCACUCAACGAGGGCGUGAUGAAGUUCAAUGCAUUUAUUUUCGGACUGCUAAAUGUCGGGGGCUUGGACGCUUGGCUGAGCUAUAUGAGAACCCGCGAAUCGGUAUGGCAAAAAUACUAUAACCGGAACGCUCUAUUCGUCCGCGCCAAUUUUGGGUGCACAUUACACAGGGAUCUCGUGGAUCGUUUGAUCGCUUCCGCCAGACCGUUGGCCAAGUACAGGCCCGAUUUAGACCCGCUGUACGAAUGUCGCAAGCUCCAUGAAAGCUUAUCCAACAUAAACAACCGAACGUCGUGGUUACUGAAGAAAACCGCGCGGACGUUAGAAAACGAAUCUUCCAGGCCCAGGUCGUAUGUCGAUUCGGCCGCUAAAACGACGGUAGAUGUGGCGGGCACGGCAAGCAAACGUUGGAGCGGCGUGCACAUGGGCUCAAAGCUGGCCACGGCCUUUGAACGGCUUGACAAUAUUGACGAGAGGAUCCAACCGGAAGCUGCCGAGACUUGUCACAGUAGCAACGACUCCUCCAAGGAGACGCCCGUGAAAGGACAGCGGUUUAGACGGCUUCAGAUGAAGUGGGAGCUCCUCAGCACCAAGGACCUGACGUUGGAUACACCCGAUUUUGAUGGACCUAGGGGCGAGUUGACGAGCGCUAGGAGAUCCGCCGUUAAGUCGCGUAUACCACGGUUAGUCCUGUCGCCGGUCCAACAAUCGGGGCCCGAUGCAUUCGGCAACAAACGUCCGAUGACCGCCACUUACAGAGCCGAUUCGCCAACUUCACCUUCUGGCAGUGCCAACAACAAAAUCGAACACACUUCCACUAGGAUCAGAAAACCACCGCCUUCAGCAUCCGCUCCGAAAGCAACUCGACCCAGCAGCUUUUCGCAAAGGACGGCACCUUGCAAGGUGGAGCCCAUUCGUUACGUGCGGACCCUUUCGCACCGGCUGUCGGCCGACAACGGACACUUGUCAUUCAAUGAGGGCGAGAAGUUGCAGCUCGUCCUGGAUGUGGACGACAAGUGGAUACUCUGCUGUCGAGGCGCUCGCAAAGGUCUCGUGCCUAGGUCCUCCGUGCUGAUGGUGUCCAAGUAA